AUGACGAGGAAAUGCGUUUUAGCUACUUGUCAGCUUAAUCAAUGGUCGCUCGAUUAUGAUGGCAAUCGUGACCGUAUUGUUGAAGCGAUCAAGACCGCAAAAGAGGCGGGCGCCACGCUUCUUCUGACUCCGGAACUUUGUAUCCCAGGCUAUGGUCUUCUGGACCAUUGGCUUGAGAAUGACGUUUACAACAACUCUUGGGACGUUGUUGCCGAAAUCAUUACUCGUCCAGAUUGUCAGGAUAUCAUCAUCGAUCUCGGUUUACCCAUUCAACAUCGGGGAUGUAGCUAUAAUGCGAGAUUAAUCGCACUCAACGGCGAGAUUCUCGCGAUCAGACCGAAGCUCGACCUUUGCAAUGAUGGCAACUUUCGGGAGAUGAGAUAUUUCUCACCAUGGCCUCGCCAACGCGUGGAUGAUUAUCAUCUACCAAAAGUGAUCCAAGCUCUGUCUAGGAAACAAAAGAUCUGCAGGAUUGGAGAAGUGGCGUUCGAGGCCAAUGAUGCGUCAUUCGCUUCAGAGACAUGCGAGGAGCUAUGGACGCCUAAUUCACCACAUUCAUUGUACUCGUUGGCAGGAAUUGAAAUCGUUCUCAACUCGAGUGGAAGUCACCACGAACUCCGUAAGCUCGAUACCCGGAUUAACCUCAUCAAGGAAGCCACAGAUAAAACUGGAGGUGUCUACAUGUACUCGAAUCAGCGUGGAUGCGAUGGUGAUCGAUUGUAUUACGAUGGCUGUGCUCUGAUUUUGAAUUCUGGAAAGGUUCUGGCCCAAGGAUCACAAUUCUCCUUGCUCGAUGUCGAAGUGAAGACUGCUGUGGUUGACCUGGACGAAAUAUGGGCAUGGCGAACAUCUCGCAGCCGUGGCAUGCAAGCCAAUGACCCGGCGGUACAUCGGCUUGAGCGGAUACAGGUCGACUUCAACCUCUGUCGGUCAUCGACAGUCUUAGAUCCCAAAGCGCGAUUGACAGAAGCAAUCGAGCCGCGUUACCACUUGCCGGAGGAAGAGAUUGCCCUUGGGCCGGCGUGUUGGCUAUGGGAUUAUCUCCGUCGAUCGCGAGCCGCCGGAUACCUUGUUCCUCUGAGUGGUGGCAUUGACAGUUGCGCGACAGCGACCAUCGUCUUUAGCAUGUGUCGCCUCGUUGUGGAAGCGAUCAAGAACGGCAACGACGUUGUGAUCGCAGACGCUACGCGCCUUUGUGGUGGUCAGCUUCCCGCGGGACUAACUGCCGAAGCAUUCUGUGGGAAGAUCUUCAGCACAGUCUUUAUGGGUAUGAAGCAGCAAUCGUCCAAGGAGACUCGUACUCGGGCUAUCGAACUCGCAACAGCCAUUGGGGCGCAUCACAUUGACACGAACAUUGACGAUAUGGUUAAGGCUCUUCAUCAGCUGACUGCGUCGAUUCUCAAUUUUGAGCCAAAGUUCAAGGUCCAUGGCGGCUCACAAGCCGAGAAUCUCGCCCUGCAGAACUUUCAAUCUCGAUCACGUAUGGUCCUGGCCUAUGCGUUGGGCCAACUCAUUCCCACUGCGCGCGGCAAGACAGGCGGUCUGUUAAUCCUCGGAUCCGCAAACGUUGACGAAUGUCUUCGCGGCUACCUUACCAAAUACGAUUGCUCUUCCGCCGACAUCAAUCCCAUCGGUGGCAUCUCCAAGACUGACCUCAAACGCUUCAUUGGCUGGGCCGAGACGCACUUUGACUUGCCAAUCUUACGAGAAUUCCUCGACGCCGUGCCCACCGCCGAGCUUGAGCCGAUCACCGAGACAUAUGUGCAGAGCGACGAGAUCGACAUGGGCUUCACCUACGACGAAUUAUCGAUCCUCGGACGCUUGCGCAAGACAUUCAAACUCGGCACUGUUGGCAUGUUCGAGCGGCUCGUGGUCGAUUGGGGCGACCACAUGGGUCCUCGCGCGGUGUACAAAAAGGUUCGCGACUUCAUGUAUUACUACGCUGCCAAUCGGCAUAAGAUGACGACCAUGACCCCCGGACUUUAUCUUGAGUCGUAUACUCCGGAUGAUAACCGGUAUGAUCUGCGGCCGUUCCUAUACCCUCGGUUUACUUUCGAAUACCGCAAGAUUGAAGACAUGAUUGAUAAGAUGGAGAAGGGCGAGGCUGGGAAAACUACAAAGAAUUGAGCAAGCUCGGUCUUUUUGCUGUGGACAAAUUUUACGAUCAAGCGAGAGAAUGAAGUCAGAUUGACACAGUACAUUGAUUGCCUCGCCGCAGACGGGACAUGCUUCAAAUAUUGAAAGAGGGCAAACAGAUGCCGUCUACCGAAUACCUAGCCAUGGGUUUCGAAGUGAUGACCGCGUUCUUGCGCGACUUUCCAACGAGGCCACACGCGUGGCCUGUGCGAUUCGGACACCGCCGACUGCAGUACGUCGUCCGAAGAUAAAAGGCUAGCACGCAGCAUCAUGCACGCAAUACUGUACACGUCAUAAAGUUUCCUUGUGCAGCACAAAGGGUCGUCUAAGACACAUGCCGACAU